GGGAAUUUCGAGACAACGAGGAAGUCCUUUCCCACCCGCUCAGUCGCAACGACUAGACCUUCUUAAACUGUAUAUACGUAGCCAGGACUGCCGCUCUCUGAUUCUCGUAAACAACAGCCCGAAAGGACAGCUCUUCUCUGGCGGGUCCACUUAGCUCCACCCCUUCGGUCAUUCCUCAUCCUCAUCGACGCCAAGUCCCACGCCAACCCCGCCUCCGAAAGCCUGAGAGAUCUCCCAUUUCGGAGAUCACCGUAUAUUCCUGGCAAACAUGGACAAAAUGGACCUGUCUCUGGACGAGAUCAUUACUACAAACAGGAACCAGAGCCGUCGCCCACCUGCCGUUCAAGGUGGACGUAUUCAGAAAAGCAAGCGUACUCAGCGACCUACUCCAUACUCUAGACCCCCUACUCAGAGGAUAGGUCUUGGACGCCGUGGAAGAGCAGUACAGGGACAAUGGACGAACGACCUGUUCGCAGCGGCCAACCCAGGCGUUCAAGUUGACCUGCGCAAAACCAUCGGACCAGGCGUGCAAGGGGACCUGCGCAAAACCAUUGGGCGAAAGCAGCACGGAAAACCCAGCAACGCCCAGUCCCCAGCUCGUAACGUUCACAUCGGAAACAGCAACGGAAUGAUGAUCGACCGCCUGGGACCUUCCGUCGGUAGUUACGCAGCGGCUGCUGUUCGCGGAAACUCUAUCAACAUUAAAGGCGCAGCUUCUCGCGCGGUUAUCAUUGAGAACUUACACCCGAACGCAACCGCGGAUGAUGUCAAGGCGAUUCUGGCCGGGUACGGCAAAGUGUUGGAGUGUACUAUCGCGAAAGAUGGAGCAGGGCGUUCAAAGGGUUCGUGCAAGGUGCUGUUUAAGGAAGCGGAAGUUGCUGCGCAUGUCAUCAGGAAUCUCAACGGAAUGACUGCCGAUGGACGCGUUUUGAGGGUUUCGGAAGCGCCAGCCGGUCUUUCCAUCGCGGGAGCUGCCGCAUCACAGGGGCAACAACAUCAGAGCAGCCGUCAGAAUGGACCACCCGCGGGCACACUAUACUCGGACCGCCUCCCAGGAAACAGUCCCUCCCGUCUCUUUGAACGCGCGUUCGAUUAUACCGGCGUGAACAACCCAAACGGAAGCAGUGCACAGCGCGGGGUAUUUAGCCGGGUCGGGCCAAGGAGCGGAAGCGGAAGCGGAAAGGGUGGAAGGAAGACUACGUUUUCCGUCACGGUGUAGGGAAGGGAUGUGUCAUCAUCUGAGAGAGGAGAGGAACGAUCCUUGCAAAACAUGCUUGGGAGAGGCUCGGUGUGAAUAUGGAUAUGGAAAUCUAGAGGGAAUGUAAACUUCUGUUACGUUGAAUGUCAACGGAUGUCGUCUCUGUACCCUCAAUAUAUUGGAGAUGAGGGAAGAGUUGCAAUGCCCUGAAUUGUUCUUGUCCGCUGACUUUCAUUUGACUUCCACCCGAGGUCAAUUAAUCUACAUGUACGUGUAUCCCAUCGCUUCCCUAGCAUCACUCGGUAGAUACAGUUCCAGGCACCGCUCACAGUCCAAAUCAUCCAGAAAAAUCACCUCCCCGCCAA